UUGUUUUUUAUCAUGUUGGAACGGUAGAAAAUCGAAAUCAAUUAUUUUCUAGCAGCUACCUUCAAGAAUGAUAUCCCCACUCCUCAAAUUUAAAUUCUUCACGACAGUUUAUUUUUAUUUUUAUCAAUGAAACACAAUAUGCCCCAAUUGCUGCUUUUGCAAUUCAAAACUCCAGUCGCCAUUUCAUUACGCAUUUUUGUAAAAUUAUAAUAGCAUUAUUCAAAUGUAUCAACUGGAAACUGUGAAGUGGGAAAUUGGGGAAAGUAAGUUAUAACUUUUGAUAAGACUCAGCAAGUUAAAGUUGUACACAACACAUGUUAAAGGCAACUUUUUCAAAAUGAGACUGCAAAUUGUUCGGUUAACAAAGUAAAAAACAAAUAAAAGCAGAUGGUGGUAUGGUGUGCAGUGGCCAUUUUGUUCCUCAGUUACCUAGGGUGUACGAUGGCGGCGUUGAAAUUUAUGUACAGGUCGUUCCCGGCUCUCGUCGGACCGAAUUUAGAAGCAGCAGCGGAGUCGGAAGAGGACGAGGAAGUAGAUAACCGCCGAGCCGUCCUCCUGGGGAAUGCAGCAGCAGGAUACGGGCUCCACCCCGGUAGAGCCGAGGGGGCUGGAGGUGAAGGUGGAGGGCCCGGGAUCCGUCAAGAGGAGGACCAGCAAAGAAGACAAGAAGGUGAAUUUUGCGGAGGGGGUGACUUCGGCGAGAGAAUUAUCCAAGAGAGACAGCCAGAGAGAGCUAACCGCCCCCAGGGCAUCCCUAGGAGAGGACGGUUCACCUAAAUCACAAAGGAAAUUCAUCUCUACAUGGAAAAUGGCCUGUGACAAGACAAAGGACAGGACAAAGGAAUUGCUGAAGAGAUGGCGGACCAUGCCAGAAGGUGCUCAGGAUGGAGAUGAGAGUAGGCUUCCUGUGCAUGAAGUUGAUAGCAACUCCGGAGACCAAGGAUGGAGUGUUCAUGUCUGGGGUGUUGUUGAAGGAGAGAAUGGUUCCGGUGAUGAGGCCACUUGGGUUAAGCGAUUUCCAGCUGGAGAUGAAUCUUUAGACUCGGAAAAAAAGAAAGAGCUCAUACUAACAGAAGUACAGAAAGAGAAGCUAAGCCAUUUGUUUGCACAUUGCUUCGACAUGGAUCGAGAUGAUAUUAUUUCUCUCCAGGACUUUGAAUCAUUUACAGAAAGAUUGAGGCAUUAUGCUGACUGGUCAACAAAUUGUGGCGAAUAUUUAAUUCUUGAGCAAGUACAACAAGGUUUUGUCGAUACAUUUAUACUUCCAAUACGUGAGGAAUCUACCGAAAAUACUCUUGUUGAUAUCGAUAGACUUUUUUUAAGCCUGGAAGAAUGGCUUUAUUUGUGGAGUGAACUGCUCACUGAUGUGAAAAACAUGCAUGAACUCCCUAUUUGGUUGCAAUUCCUGCCCAAAGUACUUUUUAGAGCCAUGGACAAAAGCUGUGAUGGUAUUAUAAACAAAGAAGAAUUAGCUUCUUUCUAUUCAUCAGUCAUAGGAUUUCCUACUCAGAAGGUCAAUGAGGUCAUUGACUUAGCUUUUAAAUCCAUGACUUCUAAUGGAGAUACAAAGUUGACAUAUAACACAUUUAGACUUUGUUUUGCCAAUUUUAUUUUCGGAAGGUUUCCAAAUGGGCCUGGAAGCUACAUAUUUGGCCAUUGUCCAAAACAGCCGCCGCAGUUCCCUAUUGACUAUUCAGCAAUGAACACACCUCCCGGAGAACUAGAGUUGUAUAGCUUUGAUUCCAAGUCAAACCGGAGUUCAAUCGUUGUCUGAUUUCACCAGAAAUGCUUUAUUUUUCUGUUCUAGGCACUGAACAUUCAAUACAAAUACCUCAAUACUCAGAUAAAAGUUUGUUUAUUUAUUUAUAAUCAUAAACAUUAAGGAAAAUGUAAUGAUAAAUGGCCUUAAGUACAUCUGUGAUAACUCUUGAAAACCAAUAUGGACAAUUGAAUUAAAUAAAAAAGUGCCUUUUUGAAAA